UCCCUAUUUUCUCCCCCAAUUUGACAUUUUGACUAGAUCGAGAGUCCUCUCCCCUUCUCUCUCUCUCCCCAUGAUUCCCCACCGCACCCCCACAGGUCGCGGCGGCGGAGCUUUCGCCGCCGCCUCCGUGGUCGCCCUUCUGCUUCUUCUCUCCCCUGCUGCAUGCUCAGCCCCGAUCCCAGGGCUCGACUCCUUCUUGACCCAGCAAUUCCAUGUCGACCCGAAAGCAUCCAACGACUCCUUCGGAUCUCUUCCGUCCUCUCUCAAGCGAUCUCUCUCUUCUUCUUCCUCUCCUCUUCACUUGCCCUCUCUCUUGCAGUCUCUCCUCUCUCUCUCAGUCUCUGUCUCUCUCCACGUCCGUUUCGUCGGCGACUCCUUCCCUUCCUCCGCCGCUUCCACCUUCUCAUCCUUUCUCUCAGCUGCCGUCUCCGACGACAACUUCCAUGUCAUCUCACCCUCUCCGGAUUCCGCCUCUAACCACCGUCUCACCGUCUCUCACUCUCUCCACCUCGACGCCUCCCUCUCGCCUCCUUCUCUCUCUUCCCGCCUCGACGCGACCCUCAAAACCCUGAUCGCCGGAACCACCUCCUCCCUCCGAUCUCAGCUCCUCUCCGUUCCGUACGGCCCGAUCGAUGAGAUCGUGAGGCACGAGUAUGAAAAGGAGAAGCAUGGUGAUGGCGGCGUCUACAUUUACUUGAUCUCGCUGGGGUCUCAGUCCAAACCCUACGCGUACAGCUACACCGAUGGAGAUUCGUCUCCUGGGUUCACGAAAUGCUCGGGGAGCAUCUGGACCGGGAAAGAGCGUUAUCUCUGGAUUGAUCUCUCUGCAGGACCUGUGGAUUAUGGACCGGCGUUGUCCGGCGAUGGGGUUCUGCCGAGAGGUGAAUUCCACCCACUCGCGGCCUUCCAUGGCCGUCCCAAGUCGCAGAAGGCUCUGCUCGCGGACCUGGCAUCGCUUGUGUACAAUGCGUAUCAGGUACUGAUCGUUCCUUCUUUGAGAAUACCGGUGUACUUCGAGGAUUCGUUGGUAGUUCAGUUUGUUCAUAUAUAUGGAACGGAGCAUAAGGAUCCGAGUGGCUUAGAUUGGGAGUUUGUGAAGAGAACGUUCAUGGAUGAAGUUAACAAUGGUGGGUUGUUGCUAGGCGAACAGAAAUUGAGCUUCAAAAGCUAUUCUGUGAAUUACAGAGAAUGCCCGCUUUGUUCCUUUGCUGUGUCACGCGCUACUAACUCAUAUACGUCUAGGUUCUUGUUCGAUAACUACACCUUGAUUGUGAACGAGUAUUUGGAUUCGAAGCAUAUGCAUCGGACCUUGUCUGAAUCAGCAGAAGAGCUUAAGAGAGUUGCAGGGAUUCAUGAGGAAGAGGGUUUUGCAAGGGUUUUACCUGUUUAUGUGUUUGAUCUAGACAUCAACAUGCCUUUGCUGAUCGAUAGGUAUCAUCAAUCUGUUGCUUUCAGAGACAUGGUCAUAGCCGUUAGAACGAGAGGGAUGCAGACAGUGAGUGACUACACCUGCAAUGGCCGACAUGUGUUUGUACAUACAAGGGACUUAGAACGACCUCUUGUCGGUUCUAUACUUCAGAGCAUGUGGGGUGUAUCUCCGACCCAUCUGACAUGGAGCCCGAGGCAUAACUCAACUCUGGUAGACUACACUUGGAGUGUCGGCCAGACACCCUUUGGGCCAUUCUCCGAUGUUUCGUCCUUAUCCUUUGUUCAGAAGGACGCAGCUAAGAGAAACAUUCUUCUGACAUCGUUGAAUGCCACUAUCUCUAGCGCCAUCGACAUUCUUGAUUCGGUCAUGGCUCAUGGAGGAGACAGGAACCUUCUGAGACAGAACCGGAACACAGAGUUCAUCCAAAGGUGGAGUCUUUUCAAGUACAAACUGGAGAAAACGGUUUCUGCUCUGUCACACUUUGAUUUCGAGAUGGCAUUGUUCUAUUUGAGAUCAUUGGAUCACGACUUGUACUCCAUGCAUUCUAUUGUGUACAUGGCGUCACAAGAGAUAGAAGCGAGCUUGAACUGUUUCAAGGACCCACCAUUCCCAUGGGGACCGGUAACAGUGUCUGGGUUAGGGUUAAUGGCUCUGGUUUACGUCUACUCGAGAAGAGAUAAGCUCUUCAGGAGCAAAAGGAAACAGUUCUGAAGUGUUGGCAAGGGGAGAGGAUGAAGACUGGUGCAUUGGUUAUAUGUUUGGUAUCGGGCUGAUAUAACUUGUACUAUGCGCUUUCCUCAUUUUGUAACGUUGAAACCAAAAGAUUUUCCGGUUUUAUUGGUUAUCUUUUUAUUAAAUUAGACACAAAAGCCAUGAGGA